AAAGUAACAAGUUUGCUAUGGGUGUGGAGAACAAGGCUACAGGUGACUCAAAACUUAAUGACAGCCCUGAUCAAGACUUAUCCUCAAACCUGUCUUAUCAUGGACUGACUUUUCAAAGAGAUAUGGACCACUCUUGAGUAUUGCAGGGGAUGUGUAAAACCUAUAUGUCUCAACAUAAGAUAACACACCUUCACCUAAGCUGCCUUUUUCCUUAUCCAAACUAUACCUAGUAAAUGUAAAAAUUAUUUAAAACACAGAUGCUGUUAAAAACAUACAUGUAUGUCUGGCUUUGUUUAAUUCUCGUAAGUGGUAUUAGUUUGCACAGAAUCAUAGUGUACUAACUUAAACCUCCUAAAAAUAUGUUUCUUCAACUCAUGGCACAGAAAAUUCUGGGCAAAGUUUUAAACACAAAAAUAAAGAUUGUUCACACCUAUAACAUCACAUUGAAUCUAAGUGCUCUGCUGGAAUCAUGUGAUUUAUGUGCUAUCUUUAAUAAAAUCUUGGCUUUCUGUGUUUGUUUAUGCAUAGCCUGAAGACAUGUUUGUGUGCGAUAUGGAAGAAAAUGACAUCUUUUGUCCUCCUCCGGCGAAGAAGCUGAAAAAAAGUCAGUGUACUCCACUGUUUAUGAAUGCUUACACCAUGAGAGGGGCUGGAGCUGUGAUUCACACUCACUCCAAGCACUGUGUUAUGGUCACCCUGUUGUAUCCUGGGAAGGAAUUCCGCAUCACUCACCAAGAGAUGAUCAAGGGCAUGAAGAAAGGAACAACAGGCGUCAAUUACCGAUAUGACGAGGAACUUGUGAUUCCCAUUAUUGAGAACACGCCUGAGGAAAGGGACUUAAAGGAAAGUAUGGCUUUAGCCAUGGAACAGUAUCCAGACUCCUGUGCAGUCCUUGUUCGUAGGCACGGCGUGUAUGUCUGGGGACAAACAUGGCAGAAAGCUAAAGCUAUGUGCGAGUGUGUAGAUUACUUAUGUGAUAUUGCCGUACGAAUGAAGCAGCACGGUUUGGAUCCGACGGCGAAACCCGACAAAAUCGUCGAAAACGGAACCUGACGGGAACACCCGAACAUUCUCUAGCCGCUCCUUUGGAACUAUGGGUAACAAGAGAGAGAGGUGCAAACGCUUGGGGGAAACCUGCGGUCAUGAGAGACAAGGGCUUGUGGGAAACAUUCUGUAGCGGAGGGAAGGUUGCUGGGAAAGAUUCAAGAAAAAUAGCAAGGACUUUAUUCUGGGUCAAUAAAAAGCGAACGGACAAACUUCGGUAGCGAGGCAAUUUGUGACUAACUAUUUAUACGUAAUCGUAUCUUUUUGGUAGGCUUCGGUAGCAUAUCAGGCGAGUAGGUCGAGCCAUGGUUUGUAUUGCCGGCGGGGUGUAUUCGUGCUACAAUAGACAAAAAAAGGGAAGACCAACGAACUUGAUAUGUCGCCUAUGUGAACCAGAGAAUUAUUUUUUGGAAAAGAAAAGUGUAAAGAUUGUGGUAUAAAAUUUGUCUUGUUUACCCUUUCUAUUUUCCUAUUGCUUUUGUUAAAAUUGAAAUUUUAAAAAUAUGAUUGAAAUG